GGUUGAUUGCCAACCGCCAUUAAACAAAAGAAGAAGAAGAGGCUCGAUAGUGUCACGUGACCAAAAUUCGUUUCCGGUAUUGGCUGACGUUCAAAAAGCCCAACGCGGAAUGGGUCGCGGAUUGCAGCGUUUGGAGGCCCUAACACCACAACAUGUUUGUGUCUGUGGUCCUGCUUGUGCUCGUGCUGUGCGCCCGUGGAGGACGAGGCGAAGACGACGUGAAAAAGCAGAGCCGUGGUCAUGUUUCCGUGGUCAUAGUCGGCGGCACGGGGGAUUUGGCCAGGAAGUACUUGUGGCAGGGCUUCUUCCAGCUCUACCUGAACCACGUCAGUAGAGGAAGCACCUUCUCCUUCUACGCUGGCGGACAGUCUCCUUCGGACAAGGCCACGCCCAUUUUCUUCGGUAUCGUGAAGGCGGUGUCGUGCCCAAAGGAUGUGUCAGAACAGCGCUGCGCCGUGCUGAAGGAGCAGUUCUUGCGACUAGCGCAGUAUCGGCAGCUCAAGACCCCGGAGGACUACCAGGACUUGUCCAAACACAUUGAGCGGCAGGCCCAAGAGGAAGGUCUGAACGAAGCCGGGCGACUAUUCUACCUCUCGGUGCCGGCAUUCGCCUACGCUGAUGUCGCAGAUAAAAUCCACACCGGUUGCCGUCCUGCCGCUGGAGGUGCGUGGCUCCGAGUGGUCCUAGAGAAACCUUUUGGACACGACCUGAAAAGCGCUCAAGUGCUGGCGGCUCGGCUUGGGAACUCGUUGCAGGAGGAAGAAAUGUACAGAAUUGACCACUACUUGGGGAAGCAGGUGGUGUCCAAGAUCCUUCCAUUCAGAGUAGAAAACAGAAAGUUUCUGGACCCCAUUUGGAACAAGCAGCACAUUGAAAGAAUAGAAAUAGUUUUGAAAGAGACACUGGAUGUGAAAGGUCGCAUUCCCUUCUAUGAUCAGUACGGCGUGAUCAGAGACGUGAUACAGAACCACCUGACUGAGGUCUUGACUCUACUGACGAUGAGGCUUCCUGCAAAUCUCAGCGACAGUGAGGACGUUCUCCAGAACAAGCUUCGGAUCUUCAGUUCUCUGCUGCCUUUAGGCAAGAACCAAGCGGUGACGGGCCAGUACCAAGCGUACCAAGCUGAGGUCCAGCAGGAGCUCAACAAGACCAAAGAUCACGUCAGCCUGACGCCAACGUUUGCAGCCGUUUUGGCGCACAUGGAGGCGGCGCAGUACGAGGGCGUGCCCUUUCUUCUGCUGGCAGGGAAGAUGUUGGACCAGCGUGUGGGAUACGCACGUGUUCUCUUUAAGAAUGACGUGUUCUGUGUGCAGGACCAGCACAACCUUCACUGCAAGCCCAAGCAGAUCAUUUUCUACUUUGGCCACGGCAACCUUCAAUACCCAGCAGUCCUGGUGACCAAGAACCUCUUCAAGCCUUCUGUGAUGGAGGGCAAGUGGAAGGAAGUGACGGAGCAAGCGGAUAUUCUUGUUGUGGGCUUGCCAGCUUCACAUUACUACAUCCAAACCCCAAAAGUACAGCAGGAAGCUUAUGCAGAACUCAUCUCUCACAUCUUCACUGGACACAAAAAUACUUUCAUUAGUACUGAGAAUCUUUUAGCUUCUUGGGGCUUUUGGACGCCGCUGCUUCAGAGCUUAGCAGGCUCCUUCCCCCGCGUGUACCCCGGAGGCGCCGACAACGGAGACCUGUUGGACGUUUGUCUGAAGGGGAAGGAGAUCGGCUUCACCAGCGAGGCGGUGAUCAUCAGCCCGGAUCACGUAGGCGGAGCGUCGGCCGCUAGUUUCCAGGCCAUGCAAGGGAAGUUCCGUAACGCCACUAUGGUGUCCGCUUGGGCCGAGGAGCUGGUGGAGCGUCUGGCGGCAGACAUGCAGGAAGCGGCAGAGGCGGCGGUGCUCCAAGGCGGCGUUUUCCACCUGGCCCUCUCCGGUGGGGCCACGCCCAUCGCUCUCUUCCAGAGGCUGGCCUUGCACCACUUCUCCUUCCCGUGGAGGAACACCCACAUUUGGAUGGUGGACGAACGCUGCGUGCCGCUCAGCGAUCCUGAGUCCAACUUCUUCAACCUCCAGCGGCAUCUCCUGCAGCACGUGCACGUCCCUUACCUCAACAUCCACCCCAUGUUGGUGCAGCUGGGCCAGCGUCUCUGCGUGGAGGACGACCACGCAGCACAAAUGUACCAGGAGGACAUCGCCAACCACGUCAACGCCUCCAGCUUCCACUUUGUGCUCCUGGGAGUCGGCCAUGAUGGCCACACGGCGUCGCUCUUCCCCGGCGGCGAUGCCACCGACAGCCAGGAGGGCCUGGUGGUCCUCAGAGAGAGCCCCGGGAAGCCACACCGCCGCAUGAGCCUCACGCUCGGCGCCAUCAACCGAGCUCAAAAGGUGGCCGUGUUAGUGUUGGGCAAAAACAAACACGAGCUCAUCACCCAGCUGAGCCGCAGCAAGGACCGCCCUGACAAGUGGCCCGUCACGGGGGUCCGACCCUCUGAAGGCUCGCUAGCCUGGUACAUCGACUAUGAUGCUCUUUUAGGUUAGCACAUCUUAGACUUGUGUUGGGGAAGUUGUGUACAAAUACACACAAUGUACUUGUAGUACUACAAUCUCAGCGCAUUGGAAAAAGUUUGAAUAUUUAAAGUUGAAACAGUUGUCAAAGUGGAGGCAUAUACCAAUCUGAUUAAAGCACAUAUUUCAGUUUA